AUGGCUACUGCAGAGGUCCAACAGCCUGUUCAGGCCAAGCCUGCGCCCUCGAUCCCAGACUAUCUCGCCGAUCCGGAUGCUGUACUCAAAGAUACCCAGGCCAAAUGGCGAUACGGCAGAGCACCCGACUACUCCAAAACACGAAAGGUGUACGCAGAAACCAAACAAGCGAAUCAUAUCUCUGGCAGCCUGGAAGAUAUGGUUGAGAACCUCGUCAAGAACUGGGAGGUUGAGGCCUCUUUCAAACCUGAACUCUCAGACUGGCGAACUGUCGACCACAGCAAGUACUCCUUUGCCAUCAAUGGAGGCCCAGGCCAAACAGGAGAACACAUGCUCAAGGUCGGAACAUACAAUGCCAUCAUUGCCCCCAACGAGUACUACAGUCCGGUAUACUCAGACUUUGCAAGCAGCCACAAGACAUUCAAGCGGAUGAUGCCAACCUUCGCUUGGGAGGUCCUCGAAGUCUACAGUGGCCCACCAAGAGUCGCCUUCAAGUGGAGACACUGGGGCACCAUGAAGAACGACUAUGUUGUUGACAUAUUGCAGCNNAAGGGAGAGAAGGUGACAGCCAAGGCCCAUGGAGGAGCUAUCGACAUCACUGGCAUCACAAUUGCUACCGUUGACGAUGCGGUACGACUGCAAGACGUCAACACAUACUUCGAUCCAAUGGAGAUGUUCCGCCAGAUCGCACCCAAUGGCAUUGUCAACAAGCAGGUUAUCGACAAAAGAAUUGAUCCCGCUGUCGCCCUCGACACCCAAGUUCCGUCGCAAGAUGGUCUAAAGCUCGCACAGGCACAUGAUUCGGACCAUCCAGAUGAGAGUCGACCUGCGAACACUACCGCAACCUCGUAUACCGAGGCGAACAACACUUCAACCACUGCCACAUGUCCCGUGUCUGGUGCUAGCAUGAGUGCCGCUCUCUCGGCAGGUUGUCCAGUGAUGAGUGCCAUGCAAAGAAGCACCCUCAGCUCUCCAGCAUCCAGUUCUGAGGGCGAGUGGGUGCAGGUGCCCACCAACAAGGAAGGCAUUGCUCGCUCAGCAUACUCGUCCUCCGUGACUGGCGAUGUGGAGCAUCGGUUGUCAGCCAGCACUAAGAUUGACUACAGCCAAGAUGCUGGUGUGCGCGACUACGUCGAUGAGCAUCUCGAAAGCUCGGCUGCGAAAGUGCAUCCUCACCCACACACCAUGGAGCAAUCAGUCAAGCCGGUGGUUGGGGAUGCAGUUGUGUCUGGCCCUCGAUCUGCAGAGACCAAGCUAACACAUCAUGAGAUGAGCAGUAUCACCAAAGACGAGGAGCCAUUGCUGAUGAACAGAGAGUGA